UGGACCAAUCUAAAUUUUAAACAGAAAUACUGUAAUUAUUAAUAAUUGUUUGAUGUUUUAAUGCAUUAGCCUUUCAUUUAUUAGGUGAGCAGAGGUCAUUAAAAAACACACACACACACACACACACACACACACACACACACACACACACACACACACACACAGACACACAAUUCAGCAAAAUACAUACAGUGCCACAAGCAUAGUUCAACUGAUUCCCAAAUUAAUUAUGACAGGAUUCUUUUUAGUGAAUCAGUGCAUUGUGACCAGGGUAAACAAAUCCUAAACAAACCACUUCUUGGAACUGGUUCUUUUUAGUGACUCACACACAUACAGCUUACAGCUUACUGCGUUAUGUUGUACUCAAACCUCGUUAAGCUUUAAUAGAUUAAUUAUUGUUGUUUGUAUGACAGUAUUACCUUAAAAAUACACGUUAUGAAUUUUGUCAUCAGUAGCUAUUUUGUAAGAAUGUAUUAAUUAAUUAAUUAAAUAUUUAACCAUAUUUUUUGAUUGUUUAUUUUGAUAAUCAUUUUUAUUUCAAAUGUUUUUAUGUAACAUAAAACAUGUACAGUAUAUGGCAAUCAAUUACAUUUAGAAAAUCAGUUUGAUUUGGAGUUCUAUUGGGCAUUUCACAUGAUUUUUUUAUGUACUGAAAAUAAAAUUAAACAUUUUGUUACAGUAAGCACUGUUGUUUUUCAUUGUAUUUGCAACCUGGACCGUGUUUUUGCCAAAAGACAUUCUGGUCUUUAUUGUAAAAUGCUCUGUUCUAUGUAGUUUAAUCCUCAUAUAGUGUUGAUAUGAAGUACUGGCCAUAUAAGUAGCUGCCGUGCACUAAGAUAGUCAGCAUCAAGGUAAAAUUACACAACAAAAUUCUAAAUGGUAGCUUAUUAACUAGGCCUUUGCAGGUAAAUGCCCUUUGCCCCUGUUAAAGACUGUUAAAUGAGCAUAUCAGCAUGCACAAUGAGACUAAAGGAGAGUAAAUGCUUGUAGUUUUGUGACUUACGUUACAUUCAAGGCUGACCUGGUAGUGAUUUUGCAUGCUACAUGGAUUUGAAUGCCAUCUAAUAAACACAAACCAGCAGGUGCCAUGAACAGACAGAUUUUUCAGUCGUGUGGCCAAAUCAGAUUAACCCUUCUGCUGCUGACGACUGUCACAAUUGUUCAAAGCGGGAAGGUUCUUGUCUUUCCUGUGGAUGGCAGUCACUGGGUCAACAUGAACGUCUUGGUGGAGGCACUUCAUGCCAAAGGUCACAAUAUUACAGUCAUUCGGAUGGCAGACAGCUGGUACAUCAAAGAAUUCUCCCCUCACUACACAUCAGUCACUCUGAAUUCUCCUGGAGGAUUCGAAGAAGAAUUCUUUGAGACGUUUGCAUUCAGACUUAUGAAAAUCCUGAGAGAAGGUUCCACAUGGGGUCGUCUGAAACUGGAGAUAGAGAUGUGGGAAAAUGUUGGAAAGAUGUUUAAAAUAAAAAGUGAGAUGAUAGUUAACAUGUUUGAAGACCAAGAGCUAAUGCAGUCCAUAAAAGACACUAAAUAUGAUUUGGUUCUUACAGAUCCAGUUGAUUUUGGAGGUAUUCUAUUGGGUCACUAUUUCAAACUGCCCAUUGUCUACAAUGUUCGUUGGACAGUUUGCAGUGAGGCUCAUUUUGUUAUAGCGCCUUCUCCACUUUCUUAUGUUCCUUUGCCAUUGCUGGAGUUAUCAGACCGGAUGAGUUUCUUUGAAAGAGUGAAGAAUGUUGUGAUGUACAUCAUAACUGAAACGCAAGUCGCUUUUAUGAUUGCUCCAACGUAUAAUGCACUUUGCGAACGAUUCAUUGGCCCAGGAGUGUCCUUCCUUACCUUAGUUCAGAGUGCUGAUCUGUGGCUUCACAGAGUUGAUUUUAUUUUUGAAUUCCCGCGUCCCACUAUGCCGAACAUUGUCUACAUGGGAGGUUUUCAAUGCAAGCCAUCAAAACCUCUUCCCCAAGAUCUGGAGGACUUUGUGCAGAGCUCUGGUGAUCAUGGUGUCAUCAUCAUGUCUCUGGGCACUCUCAUUGGUCAGCUUCCUGAUGAUGUGGCUGAGGCGAUAGCUGAAGCUUUUGCAGAACUUCCACAGAAGAUCAUCUGGAGGUACAAAGGAAAGAGACCAUCUGCUCUAGGAAACAACACCUUAAUGAUGGACUGGAUGCCUCAGAACGAUCUUCUGGGUCAUCCUAAGACCAGAGCCUUUGUGGCACAUGGAGGAACCAACGGGAUUCAAGAAGCCAUCUACCACGGGGUACCUAUCAUUGGAUUUGGGCUGAUUUUUGACCAGCCUGAUAAUCUUGCAAAAAUGAGAGUACGAGGUGUAGCAAAGACUCUAGAUUUUGCCACAGUGGAUAAGGACUCCUUCCUUAAAACUGUCAAAGAGGUCCUUUAUGAUCCCUCUUAUCGGGAGAACAUGCAGAGGCUCUCAAGGCUUCACAAGGAUGUUCCAGUGAAACCUCUGGACAACGCCAUCUUCUGGAUUGAGUUUGUUAUGAGGCACAAAGGUGCUGCUCACUUGCGCACAGAGUCUUACAAAAUGCCCUGGUACUCUUAUCACUCUGUUGAUGUCAUACUGUUCCUGCUUUCUGCUGUGUCACUCAUAAUCUUGACUAUAUAUGCAGUAAUCAGAUAUUUCUGCUGCAGAAUAUGCAUGAGGAAAAGAAAAAACAAAAGCAAAUGAGUUCAGUUGUUAAAUCGACAAUAUUUGUGUUGUACUGUAGAGCUCUACAGCUUUAUUUUUUGUGUUUAACUAUAUUCAUAUCUGGUUUAAGUAAACAGAUCAUUCUCUUAUUUAAAAUUAUUUUCAUAUGGUAAUUGAUAAAUGUUGAUUAAUUCAAACCAUAUUACAUUCUAUUUACUCUAUAUAUGAACAAAUAUUGUACAAACAUGCCAUUUAUUGUGUCAUAUACCUACAGUGCCAUAUAUACAUAUUUUUACUCAUAUAUAUGCAAUGUCUUAAUGUUCUUCUCAGCUCCUGAUCAUCCUAUCAUCAAUUAUUUUUGCAAUAAAAACCAUAAAUGUACAAUAAUCCUCAUAUAGCUGUAAAAUACUAUUCAAAAUUUGGGGUUUUCAGCACUCAUUACUCCAGUCUUCAGUGUCACAUGAUCCUUCAGAAAUCAUUCUAAUAUGCUGAUUUGCUGGUCAACUAAGAUUUCUUAUUAUUAUCAUUCUUUGAUGAAUAUAAAAACUCUUUUGUAAUAUUAUACAUCAUUACUGACACUUUUGAUCAAUUUAAUGCAUCCUUGCUGAAUAAAAAUAUACAUUUCUUUUAAAAAAAAAAAUCUUACUUACCAAAAUUGUUUAAACGGUAAUGUAUAGAUUCCUAUUUUAGUGCAGUGGUUCAAUUAAUGGUAUAUUGUUCCUCAAACUGGGUGAACAGAAGAGCACAGUGCCUGUUGUCCCUUUCACUUUGUGAGAGCAGAAUAAAAAGAAAGGCCAAGUACUCAUAAUCCAGCGCUUGAUAGAACUAAAAGAGCUCUUGUCAUAAGAGUUCUUAUUAUAUCAGUAUCACAUUAAAAAUGCCAAGUGUUACUGUAGUAAACUAAGGGAUAAAAAAACAAAAGCGUGAUGGGAAAUUUACAACCCAGUCUAUUAAAGUGAAGGAAAGUAUUAUCUGGCAGGACCCGAUCUAUUGUGGGUUUAGCAGUCUUAAAAACAAACACGGCUGCUGCAAAAAUGUCCCUAUAAUUGAUGUACUGUGUUAUUUUUAUUAUUUUGACCUUCUUGAACUGUGCUAAAUGAUGUUGAAAUUCUACUUUAUCUAAAUGGUUGGGUUUUUGUGGCUGUUACUUUUUGUUGCAAUGUAAAAAAUUAUUUUUUAAAAGAACAAUGACUGAUUUGACUUUUCUAUGAUUGUUCUCAUUGUAUUAUAAUACAUUUACUGAAUGCAACAUCCACAUCAAUACUCUUACUGAAUUACUGAGUUCACUCAUUUUUGUUUUUGUUAUA